CACAAUGAGGAGCAGAGGCUGGGGAGACGCUCCACAAACGCCGCUGUAAAUAAAUACAACAAUCACUGAGGCCAGAGAAACAUGGAGAACCAGUGCACGGUGCAGGUGAAGCUGGAGUUGGGCCACAGAGCCCAGCUGAGGAAGAAGGUGACAUCAGAAGGCUUCACCCACGACUGGAUGGUGUUUGUCCGAGGGCCAGAAACCGGCGACAUCCAGCACUUUGUAGAGAAGGUCGUGUUCCGCCUCCACGAUAGCUUCCCCAAACCCAAAAGAGUAUGCAAGGAGCCGCCGUACAAAGUGGAGGAGUCGGGCUACGCAGGCUUCCUCAUGCCUAUUGAGGUUUACUUCAAGAACAAGGAAACUAGAUGGAGCUACCUGUUUACCUUCCUCGCAUUGCCGGCAGUUCUGCAGCUGUGUGUGAUGCCCUUCCUGCCCGAGAGUCCUCGCUACCUGCUGAUAGAGAGGAGGGAUGAAGCCGGAGCAGAGCGAGCAUACGGGAACAUCCGGGUGUCUGUCGAGGACCAGAUGGUUCUGGUGGACUACACCAUCCGCAAGUUCUGCAUCCAGCAGGUGGGGGACGUGUCUGGUAAGAAGCCUCAGAGGCUCGUCACCCAGUUCCACUUCACCAGCUGGCCAGACUUCGGGGUGCCCUUCACGCCCAUCGGCAUGCUCAAGUUCCUCAAGAAAGUCAAGAAUUAUAACCCUACGUAUGCCGGGGCCAUUGUGGUCCACUGUAGUGCGGGCGUGGGGCGGACAGGAACCUUCAUUGUGAUCGAUGCAAUGUUGGACAUGAUGAACACCGAGAGGAAGGUGGAUGUGUUCGGCUUCGUCACCAGGAUCAGAGCCCAGCGCUGCCAGAUGGUGCAGACUGAUAUGCAGUACGUGUUCAUCUUCCAGGCAUUGUUAGAGCACUACCUGUACGGAGACACGGAGCUGGAGGUGACUUCUCUGGAGUCCCACCUGGCCAAACUCUACGCCCCCGCUCCUGGAGCUGGCUGCAGCGGGCUGGAGGCUGAAUUCAAGAAGCUGACAUCAAUCAAGAUCCAGAAUGAUAAAAUGAGAACAGGCAACCUGCCGGCCAACAUGAAGAAGAACAGAGUCCUGCAGAUCAUUCCAUAUGAAUUCAACAGAGUGAUAAUCCCAGUGAAGCGUGGAGAGGAGAACACCGACUACGUGAACGCCUCUUUCGUAGACGGCUACCGUCAGAAGGACUCUUACAUAGCGAGCCAGGGCCCCCUGCAGCACACCACGGAGGACUUCUGGAGGAUGAUCUGGGAGUGGAGGAGCUGCUCCAUAGUCAUGCUCACUGAGCUGGAGGAGAGAGGCCAGGUGUGUGUGUGUGUGUGUCCUUUCAUCCAGGAGCACGUCUUGGCGAUGAGCUCAAACGUUGCUGAGAAAUGA